AAAACUGUCAAUAGUGUACUCGGAUGAAACUUGCACUUUUUCAAAAUGAAGGACUGCGCGGAAACUAAAAAUCACCAGGCCAGACUUUGUCACUUGAAAAAGUGGCCGAAUUUUAGUGGCUAUGGAUUCAGCCUACGAACAGACUCUUUAAAAAAUGAGCAUAGGGUUGAAAAUGUUGAACCACUGUCACCUAGUGAAUCAGGGGGUCUCCUCGCCGGUGAUAUUAUUCUACUGGUGAAUAACAAAACUGUAGAUCGCCUUUCUCAUAUUGAGGUUGUGAAAAUGAUCAAAGAAAAACAAGAUGUGGAGUUACUAGUUGUUCAGCCUUAUGAUUUAGCGUACUUUAAAAAAUUCAAAGAUCCACUGACUUUAGCAUCUAAGGAUCCAAUACGAUGCGAGACUUCAGAGGAGGAAAUGAAUCAGUUAACUGGUGCUGAACGACAUUUAAUCAAAGCUGAUUCAGAUACGCUAAAUGAAAUAUAUGAACGUAAACGUCAUUUAAAGUUGAACAACAAUAUUGUUGGUCGUUUAAAUUCACGUGGCAAUAUCGGCGUUGAAAAUGUUACCUUUGGCGGUAAAUCUUGUAUAAAUUAUGGUUACAGUCAUGAAAUGGAACAUUGAAAAUAAUUUAAAAAAAUAGACGAUAAUUAUGUCAUUAUUAAUGAUAAAAGAUACUACUGCUUACAUCAGAAGAUAGUAAUACAUAGAAUUUUUAUUGCUGAAAUAUACAACUACGCGCUGAUAAACACACACACACAUAUCAAGGUGAUAACAGAUAUAACACACACACACACACUUUUCCCAGGUUUUUCUAAUAGCCUAUUUAAAUACCCAUCUAGAAUGUGUAGAGUAAUUUACCUGUAUUUGAUACCAGCUCUUUUGUAAUUCACCUUUUUAUCCUUAUUACGUCUACCAUCCAUUUAUCACUGCUGAUUUUAUGUAUACAGAAAGACAUGGUAGCCUUUUGUUAUCAGUAUUAUUGUUUUUAAUGGAUGUAUCUGUGCCUUAUUUGUGAGGUCGACAGUUGAUUCUCAUACAACACACAUACACUCACACGCUUACAUCAUAUAUAAAUAUAGGCGCCCUCGAAUCUUUGCAUAUCAAUGUAUUCAGCAUAUCAUACUGUUGUUCAUUCUGAUUGCUUUAUCCCUUUUUCGACCUUUCUCGAAUGAUUCACUUAUUUUACUUACAAUUAUA